AAUAUAUAUAAUAAAAAUGAUAUAAAUAUAUUAUAAAAAUAUAUCAAAGAUGUAUUCCCAAGAGGGAGGCGGGUCGACAAGUUUGUACGAUCGCGCACCGCCGUUGCAAUCCUCUCCUCGUCAGAUGACGCCGCGGUGUCGCGUUCAGCGACAUGCCAAGCAGUUUCCUGUCUCGGUCUCAGUUCGUCAUUCGUCGACUCGUUCAAUCUUCGCCCGCGUAAGCGCGAGAAAUGUCGCGGCGACUCCGUGCAAAGUGCGCGAAACCGUGCUCACGUCUCGUCCGCAUCCGCCGCUUGCGAUAAUAUUCGCGUGGUCGUCGCUCGCUCCAGCCCCGCUCUCUAUCUAGCUGCGCCGCCGCACGAAGCGAUCGUUUUCCCUGGACGCAAUUUUCACACAUGCGAUAACGGUGCACUGUGGGCCAGCAAUGGUGGGCGCGUGAUUUUGAACAAUUCGAGUUAUCGAAGGAACGCGCAGGUACGUGCGUGUGCCGGACGACGCCGGGAUACGCGCGACGCCGUGCCCGCUUCGUCGCUCCGGAGCGUCGUCGCCCGUCCCCCAAGAUCCCGCACAACGGAAGAAUCCGCGCGGCGCUCCGACCACGAACCCCGAUUUCAUCGGGUUCGAUUCCGCUUGGUGGCACCUUUCCCUCUCCCUCCCGCCCUUCCACCGCUCAAUCGCGAAACUUCGUUUGAGGUUAGGUACCGCGCCAUCCCUGGUACACGCCGUCGUGUACGACGUCCUCUGCGACGUCCCGGCUGUCGCUGUGGCGCGCGUCGGCAACCCGGGCAAGUCAGGUUCGACCUGCCACGCCGCUCGCAAGCGGUUUUUCGUGUGCGCGCUCGAAAUUCCGUCUCGUAAAAAUGGCGCGUUCUGUUGAGAAAUGGCGCUGAUGUUGCACGACGGGCGAUUCGCGCUACGCACGUACGCACGCACUCUCGGCACUCUCGCGGUUUAUUUGCCUUUUUUCCUUCCCUCUUCUCGCUUUCCCUCCGCUUUCCUUCAGCAUUAUUUCGAAUUCGCGUUCGGCGUUCGCGUUCGAACGCACGCUCGCGUCAAACUUCGCACGAGUGAACGGCCGCCUCACGGGCGUCCCGCGACUUUUGAAAAGUCGCGACCACAACGGAUUUAAAUUACUCUCCCUCGCUUGGAUUUCGAAAUCCUCGACUACCAUCACCUACAUUGACGACGUAGACGGCGGAAUCGCGGUUAUCAACGCGGACAAUCGAAGCCACCGAUAGACCGUGUGUUCGAGCAAUUUUGCAUCCAGGUAUCGUCAUGUCCACUAAUAAGGGGCAGAACGCGAGGGCACUGGUGGAGCCCUUAGCUCUGGAUUCACGUACGCUGGGCGACAGCGAUCUCAGUGCACUGAGCCUAUCCCAUAGCACUAGUGAGCAAUACACAUCAAACGACUUUGAAGAGUUUGCAAACAUUCAGGCGGAAUUUGAAUGCAUGAAUUCGGAGGGAGUUAUGGCAGACGACGAGCGGAUAGUAAUUGAGCGAAACACUGACACUGACACGAUAGUACCUGAUGUGGAGAUGACUGAAGUUUCUGAGCAAGCACAGACCGAGCACGUUUACACAGUGGCCAAUCAAAACAGCCAGAAUAUUGUAUUUCAGACGAAGCCCACGCUGCAGCGAGUGCCAGUGUCAGCAGUUCAGAUGAAGCCCAAUAUCUGUCAGACUACGCAGAGUCAAUCGAUAAUGAUAGUGUCGCCUGCAAGUGGAACUGGUACCAGUCAAAUUUUGAAGAUAUCACAUCCACCAACAGCUUCAGCUGAACAAUUGCAAUCUCUAGCACAGACUCUGAUCACUGGCAAAUCCGCGGAUGGAAGCGUUGUUCAGUUAAGGACUACUCAGCCCGCUAAGUCUAUAGCGACGACUAGUGACUCUGGAAAUAUCACUAUCAGUAACAUGCAAAAUGUUAAGAUUUCCCAGCCAACAUUGAAACGGUCAACACAGAACAUUUCGCAAGGACGUAAUGUAUACACAAAGAUGAUAUUGACAGGAAGUCAGUCACAAUCUGGUACUCAACAAGUUCUCAUCACGAGUUCGCAAAGUGAAAAUCAGCUGCCUCAAGGGAUCAAAUUCCUUAAUAAUACCUCCUCUACUUACGGCAGCCCGACGAAAAAUAUAACGUUGGCACAGAUGGGUAUACUUUCUACUAAUAAGCAACAUAUUUUGCCGUCAUCUUCGCCAAAGCAGGGUAUGAUACUGAAUAAGUUGCUACAAUCUUCGACAUCUCAACCGUCUAAAGUGACCAUAGUAUCAACAAAUACCAUAAAAUCACCAACGAAAAUCCUGCCUGCGCCAACCAUCAGUCUUCAGGCAAAAUCUUCGACGACAAAUCAACAACCCACAUUCGUUACAUCCAAAUCAUCCACGCAACAAAAUCCGCAGAAAGUGAUCAUUAGACAGGUGUUAAAUAAGAAAGAAAGCUCUUUAAAACCUGGUAAUGUACUUGGAAGUGGACAAGUAAUUAGAAUACCUGCUAACCAGAACAUUGUAACUGGAUCCAAUCAAGUCCAUCAAAUUCAGAUGUCUGGAAAACAAGUGCAAUAUGUAAGAUUAGUCAGUACUUCUUCAACAGGAUCUACUAAUGUUGUUACCGUAGGCAAAUCAAAGGCCAGCACACUUCAGACUGUAGGUAUUGGUCAGAAAAUAGGAAAUCAACAACAGAUUGUGAAGGUUGUCCCACUGAAUACCGGAAGUCAGUCUUUGAGAACUGUUGCACCAAAAGCAACACUGACAAGUGGCAGCCAGAAAUUACUCAUACCUGCUGCGGCUGCUGCUGCUGUCGGCAGUCAGUCAAAGAAUGCAGUGGCAAUUCCCGCUUCAGCAUUGAGUCAGUUAGCUUCAGGACAGGCAGUGCUGUCAACUAAUCCGAAUGUUGGGAACAUCGUUGUUCUACCUGCUCAAUAUAUUCAACAACAGUCAACAGAUGAGGUAAAAUUGAAGUCCCACCAAACAACGCCAGGUCUUUUAGGAAGUUCACAAAGUUCUACAACGACACUUUGUGUAAUUGAUGGAAAGAAUUCCCAAAAAACAGUUUAUGGCAAUGUGGAACCAAAUGGUAUUAGGCCAAGGAAACCAUGCAAUUGCACGAAAUCACAGUGUCUUAAACUUUAUUGCGAUUGCUUUGCAAACGGUGAAUUUUGUCACAUGUGUAAUUGCAACAAUUGCUCAAAUAAUCUUGGUAACGAAGAGGAGCGACAACGCGCAAUUAAAUCCUGUUUGGAGCGCAAUCCUAAUGCCUUCCGACCUAAAAUCGGAAAAGGUCGUGAAACUGGAGAAGAUAUAAGGAGACAUAACAAAGGCUGCAAUUGCAAACGUAGCGGUUGUCUGAAAAAUUAUUGUGAAUGCUAUGAGGCAAAAAUUCCAUGCUCUGGAAAUUGCAAGUGUAUAGGCUGUCGCAAUAUUGUGGAUCCAAUUCUACAGAAGAAAUCUUUGAAGGAUCUGGUAGAAGCAACUGAAACUAAAACGACUCAACUUACUUUAAAUAAGGCACAAUUACAAUUAUCUGAAAUGGCAUUUAGACCUCCUGCAACAUCUAACACUGGUACAAGACAACCAUUCAAUUUAUUGACGGAGAAAAUAGUAGAAAUAACAUGUCAAUGUUUAAUGGCGCAAGCCGAUGAGGCAGAACGUAAUAUGUUCGAUGACGAAACAUCCCAGCGUAUCAUAAUUGAGGAGUUUGGUCGAUGUUUAAAAGAGAUCAUUGAGUCGGCGCACAAAGCUGAAGCUACUUAGCAGGUGCACUCGCGAUAUUGUAAUUUUUAUCUAUCAUUAUUGAUUAUGAGAAUUGAAUAUAAAUAAAUAUAAUAUAAUGAGUGUUGGUACCAAAGACGUUACAUAACGCAAGAUAUGAGAGUCUUGGAACUUUUUAAACUCACCAAGUUAUUCUUUAAGCGCCUUUCAAAGCGAGUUUGCGACGAAUAACUCUGCGCGUGAAUUUGCUUCUGAGUGAUAUGUGGGAAUGAUAUAAGCUAUAAAUGAGAGAGAGCAAAUCGCUUCCAUCCAGUUUUUGACUAAACAAUAAAAAUGACAUUCUAUAAUUUAUACAUGAAGAAUGCUUUUGCUGUACUCUAUAACUAAAUCAUUUUUGACUUUUCAAUUUUGAACGAGAACAGAAAGAAUGGGCGCAUUCUGCAGCCACAACAGCUUAGUAGUCAUCAAACGUGAUUAGCUCUUACUUUUAGAACCAUGAAAUCAACUGUGUUAUUCUGUUGAAAAUCUAAUAAUAUUGCUCAACUGUUGAGUCUGCUGAAUGCCACUAGUGUCAAUUUGCCAAGAACUUUUUACUUGUGUUUCAAAUGUUUUAAGUCAUGUAUUAGUAAAUAAGAAGCGAUAGUUCACUUUGUAGUUUAAUUGCUUGAUCAUCAUUACCAUUUAAUAAAUUUACAGUGUUCAGAGAAGCUGAUAAAACAUUUCGUGAAUUUAUCGGUUGCAUUUCGUAUAUUUUUAGAAAUAAGUCGUUAAAUUUGCGAAAUAUAUAUACAUAGAAAUAAAUACUAAAAUUAAAAAUAAUUAUAGUAAAAAUGUCCUUAUCUGUAUCUUUCUUUAUAGUUUAUUUAAUCAUAGAAAUGUCUAUAAUAGUUUAAAUCACAGUUGUUAUGAUAUAUACUUUAAUUAAUAACAGUACAAAUAUAUAAACUUUAUAUGUUUCAUCUAAUGUGUAAUGAAAUAUUAAUAAUAAUGUUAAUACUUUAAUUAAUAUAUUAUAUAUAACAACUGCGACUUCAGCUUUUAUAGGAUUUUCUUUCUUCUAUAAUUGCAUAUUAAAGAGUAUAUAUUAUUUACGUGAUACAUCUUAUUUAAUUGUGAAUAUUCAGUGUUUUAUAUAUAGUAGCACUAUAAGUAUCAAAUAAAGCUCUACUUUCAACAAAAGGUACUUGAUAUUACAUAUGAAAAACUCUGUUACUUGUUAAUACUCUUAAAACUUAAUCAUCCUUAGUUUUUAAUUGCUUGUAAUGUAGGUUAUUGACGGCUCGAUGUCGAUCAAAGCAAAUGAAGUCAUUUAUUUAGACUAUGAAAAAAUAUGUGAUGUUUGAAGCAUCCUGUAUUAUAUAUACAUGUAUUUCUUAAAUUAAAAUUAUAUGAUC